AUGGGAGACGUCUGCUACAAGUUCGUCCGGCUCCGGAACAGCUUCUGCGGAGCCCAGGCCUGGUGCCAGGCCAAUGGCGGGCACCUGGCGCACCCCUGGAACCCAGAGACGCAGGCCUUCCUGAGCAACUGCCUGGUGGAAGGGGAGAAGUGGUGGGUCGGCCUGCGAGAGCAUCCAGGUGAAAAGAACCCAGGCUUCUCUGCCCACGGGGCGGACGCAGCUGUUACCCCCUCCCCUGCCGGGUGCAGUUACCUCAUCAGGGACUCAGGCGCCAUCAGGUCCAGGAGGGACACGUGUGCACAGGAGCUAUAUUUCAUCUGCCAGUUCGAUCCCUCCCCUGAGAGGGACUCGCACGCCGCUCACCAGACUGGGGAGAGCAAGAAAGAAACCUCACAGGAGGACACCAAGCCAGCCACGGGGACCAGCACAGACACCAGACCGGCCACGGGGACCGGCACAGCCAGCAGACCGGCCGCGGGGACCGGCACAGCCACCAGGCCGGCCGCGGGGACCGGCACAGACAUCAGGCCCGCCGCAGGGCACCUCGUGCAGCGCAGAGACGCAGCCAUGGCCUGGCCGACGCAUUCCUGCAGGAAAAAUAUGUGCAACGGAACCCAGACGACCGCAGGAACAGCCACCACCCUGCAGGACCCUAACCUGGACCCAUUUACAGUGAACCCUUGGACUUUGCUCCAGGAAGCCUCUUCGGAGAGGGCCAUUCAGGCCAUGGAGGAAACAAUGAGACAAUUCAACCAGGCCAUCCGAACUCUCCAUCACCUGCCAGCACUGCAGAGAGCCUGCCACACCCUCCAGCGCCUGACACAGGGCACCAGCCUGCUCUCAGAGGCAGCCCAGAGAGAGGCCAGUGAGUCGCUCCUAUAUCUGAGCACUCAGCUCCUGCAGGCACCACUCCUCAGCAACAGCAGUGGCUCCGACACCAGCACAUCUGCCGCCACCUCGCUCUUCCAGUCCUUCAGCCACCUCCUGACGGCCAUGGACCGCAGCACGCCCACGUCGCACUGGGCCCGGAACCAGCAGCAGCUGCUCUUCCUGCCCUCCUGGUGGCAGAGGCCAAUUGUGGUCACUACGCUGACGGAGGCGCUGGAGAACACCAUGGCUGCGCUCAUGGCGAUACAGACGGUGCUCUGGGAGGGCAGCUGCGCUGUGGAGUCGUCUGUAACAGUGACCUCUCCCGUGGCCAGCACGAUGCUAAGCAGCCGCAACGCCUCCACUUUGCCCCGGAGCUCGUACCACCUGGCUCAGCCAGUGCCUCUGACGCUGGCCUUCCCGUCAGCCUCUGCCUGGGGAGUGCUGCUGAGCAAACACCCCCGCGUGCAGGUCCGGGUAACAGUCCUGGCAGUCAACCCUUUCAAGCACCUGGAUGGGAAGGAGAUCAGGAGCGUUGGGAACAUCUUCCUCACCGCCAACAAGGACUCUAUCGAGGUGCAGGACUUACCCGAGGACAUUGAGAUCCGGCUGUGGAGAGACGAGCGCGCAGAGACGUCCCCCACUAGGCUCAACGUCAGCACAGAGGAGUUUGUGAUCGAGGUGAACGUCACAUCCAUGGAAGACACCUUGAUUGUCUGUGUGCUGCCCGACGUUCCCCUGCCCAUCGAACUCUACCUGGGCUACCAGCACCCGCCCAACAGCACCCACGCUCUCCUCAACACCACCCUGCCCACAGGCCACGGGCAGCACCCUGGUGACAACUACACUUGGGUGCUGCCCCCAGCAAUGCUGCAGCUCGGCCCAGGCCCCUACCACAUAAAGGCCGUGGUAAGGCAGAGCCCGGAGCAAGAGCUGCCAAGCCACGUGACAUACACGAUCACCACUGUCGCCACGCAGUGCCACUUCUGGGACCACCACAGGAAGGCCUGGAGACAGGAUGGCUGCCAGGUGGGACCUCAGAGCACAGUCAGCAGCAUCCAGUGCCUGUGCAACCACCUCAGCGUCUUUGGCAGCUCCUUCUUCGCUGUGCCCAGGACGGUGGACAUUCAGGACACAGGCAAGCUCCUCUGCAAGGUGGCCAGCAACCCAAUUGGGGUGGCCUUGCUGGCCAGCCUGCUGGUGCUCCAUGGUGUUGUUGGCGUGUGGGCAUGGAGGAGGGACCAGGUGGAUGUCAGAAAGGUGAAGGUCACGAUCCUGGCAGACAGCGACCCCGGGGCUCACAUCCGGUAUGUGGUCCAGGUCUUCACUGGAUACCGCAGGGGAGCAGACACAACAGCGAAGGUCGUGCUCACGCUGUACGGGACAGAGGGACGGAGUGAGCCGCACUGCCUGCGGGACCCCCACAAGCCCGUGUUUGAACGCGGUGGGCUGGACGUCUUCCUCGUUACCACCCGGAGCUCCCUGGGGGAGCUGCACAACAUCAGGCUCUGGCAUGACAAUUCUGGCUCCAGCCCCUCCUGGUACGUCAGGCAGGUGGUGGUCAGUGACGUGACAGCCAGGAGGAAGUGGCAUUUCCUCUGCAGUACCUGGCUGGCUGCGGACCUGGGCGACUGCCAGCUCGAUCAGGUCUUCCCAGCAGCCUCCAGGAGCGAGCUGCUCUCCUCCAGGCAUCUGUUCUGCUCGGCGCUUGUGGAGAAGGUGACACACGACCACCUGUGGCUGUCGGUGCUGACCCACUGCCCCUGGAACCCCUUCACACGGUUCCAGCGCCUGGCCUGCUGCCUGACACUCCUGCUUUGCACCAUGGUCAUCAACAUCAUGUUCUGGAGAGACCUGCCGGAGGCUGGCAACCAGGCAGCCCUGCAGCCAGGGCGCGUCCUGCUCACCUGGCAGGAGCUUGUUACCAGCGUGCAGACCGCACUCAUCCUGCUCCCUAUAAACCUGGUUGUCGGGCACAUCUUCCAGCUGGUCCCGCCGCAAGAACUGCCGCUGCCCCCCACAGGCGUCCGGCUUCCGCGGGCCUCUGCACCCCCCCGGGGGCUGUCCCCCCUCACACGCAUCACGCAGGAGCUGAAGGCGACAGUGGGGUUUCUGUCCAGGACCAAGGUCUGCCUGGAGCCCGAGGUUCUGCCCCAGGAGAUGGAAAGCGUCCCUGAGCUCGUGCGUAGCCUCUGCUGCCUUGUUGGCUCUCACCUCCGGAGGUCCAGCCACAGGGGCGUGGAGCCAGCAGAGCCCUGCCUGGCUAACGACAGUCAUCACCAUCUCAGCAGCCACCUGCGCCAUGUGCUGGGGCCGCUGCAGGCCCAGCUCCGAGCUCUGGACCUGAACAAGCUCUGCAAUCCCCACGACUACCUCCAAGCGGCUGGCCGGCUCCAGAGCCUGCUGGAGCAGCUGGAGCAGCCAGGCCGGCGGCUGGAGCCUGGACCGGCCAGGUAGCCACGCACCAGCCUGCUGCUCUCCCUCAGCUGCCGGCAAGAGCACGACUCACGCCUAACCGCCCCUCCUCGUUCCAGGGGCGGGAGGAGCUUCCCCAUCUCGGAGCCCCGGGUGCAGAAGGCCCCCAUCCCCUGCCGGCCCCCCCGAGAGGCUGCGUUCAUCUGCUGGGUCACCUUGGCUGCCGCCAGCCUGGCCUCAGCCUACUUCACCGUCCUCCUCAGCUUGAAGCUGGACAGGCAGAGAGCCACCAGCUGGGUCAUCUCCAUGCUGCUCUCUCUCCUCCAGAACAUCUUCAUAAUGCAGCCACUGAAGGUGGCCGGGCUCACCCUGCUCUUCUCUCUGGUGCUGAAGAAGAUGCUCUGGCAGGACAAGGGGAAGGAGCAACAGCUACAGAGGAUCCUGGCUCUCCUGGCCAGGUGCCCCUACUUGGAGCUGCCUGGGACAAGAGACUGGAAUGACCCCGUCUACCACCCCCCGUGCCCAAGACCAGCGCCCCCUCGAAGGGGGAGGACCUGGAAGAAGAAGAAGCUGUACACACAGCUGGGAGAGAUCGUAGCGCAACUCGUUCUCCUGGCCUCCCUGAUGGUCGUGUGCUACACGGAGCGCAGCCCCCACGAGCUGUACUUCAACGAGGCCAUUCGCAAGAGCAUCACACCCAACUUCUACCACAUCCGCGGCCUGGGCGACUUCUACCGCUGGGCCCACGGCACACUCCUGCCCAGCCUCGACGGGCCACGCCCAGGGUUCAUCUCAGACGGAAACGCCCUCCUCCUCGGCAGCGUGCGGCUGCGGCAGCUCCGGCCCCAGCCACAGCACCAGCUCUGCUCCUGCCGCCAGCAGGACGCAGGGGGCCAUGGGCCUGGCUGGGGUCCCCCUGGCCAGAGCAGGGGGGCACAGGAUAGCAUCUGGGUGAACCACGGCGCAGAGAGCCUGGGGGAACACCCCGUGUGGGGGCAGCUGUCCCUCUACCCGGGAGGAGGCUACUUGGCACACCUGGGAACCAACUCCAGCCAUGCACACAGUGUCCUGCGGUACCUGGAGCAGAGCCAGUGGCUGGAUGGAUGCAGCUGCGCCAUCUUCGUGGAGUUCACAGUCUACAACGCCAAUGUGAACCUCUUCUGUGUGGUCACCCUGCUCCUGGAGACCCCCGGGACAGGUGCCUUCCUCCCCUCUGCGGAGCUGCAGAGCAUCCGGCUCUAUAGCAGCAGCGGCUUGACCCAGCUGACCUGCGCACAAGUCACCUACCUCCUGCUGCUGCUCUUCUACCUCUGGGUGCAGGGGCGGCGGCUUAAGCAGCAGAAGUGGAGAUAUUUCAGCAGCCAGAGAAACGUGCUGGACAUAAGCAUCAUUCUCAUCAGCCUUGCAGCAUUUGGGGUGUACAUCAAGUGCCAUCUCCUGCAGAAGAGUGUGAUGGAGAAAUAUCACCAGGACCGCAGCAGGUUUGUCAGUUUCUACGAGGCAGCGCAAGUGGCCUCUGCUCUCACCUACCUACUGGCCUUCCUGGUCGCCCUGGCCACGGGGAAGCUGUGGAACCUGCUGCGCCUCAGCCCCAGAAUGCAGCUGAUCAGCGGCACACUGCGCCGAGCCUGGCAGGAGGUGCUGGGCUUCCUGCUGGUGCUGCUGCUGCUGCUGGUGGGCUACUCCAUGGCUUGUAACCUCCUGUUUGGCUGGAGCAUCGUGAACUACAAGACUUUCUUCAGCUCAUCUGUGACCAUUGUUGGGCUCCUGAUUGGGAUCUUUAACUAUGACACGGUUAUCAAUUUAGACCCAGUCUUGGGGUCCUUGCUGAUCACCACCAGUGUCAUAUCCAUGCUGUACGUGGUCAUUAACCUGUUUGUCUCUGGCCUGCUGACAACCUUCAGCGAGGAGCGAGCGUCUGCCAGGGCAAACAAGGAUGAGUCCAUGAUGGAAGGGAUGCUCCUAAAGCUCUCGGGCCUGUUCGGAAUUAAGCAGCAGGCCCUGCCGCUGACCGGGCUGGCUGGAGCGGCCGAGAAGGCUGGACCUGUCUGAAGCAGGAGCCCACAGCUGUUGUUUCCAUCCCCCAGAGAUGUGUUUCUGCUACAUAACUUCAGCUGUUGUCUUGAUUAAUCGUUUGCCCCCCCUGCGCAUGGCCCGGGGGAGCAAUGAAGGAGCGGGACAGUUAUAUUUCCAAUAAAUAGUG